AUGGCGUCUUACGUGGAUAACAGCUUUCGGCAGGCUGUGAUGAAGAAUCCGGCUGAAAGGACGCAACAGGACCUGGAGAUCGUCUACUCUUAUCUCCAUGGGAUGGAGGCCUUAUCCAACCUGCGAGAGCACCAGUUGAGGAUGAUGUGUGAGACGGUGCGUUAUGAGAGGCACGAGGCCAACGAAGUACUGUACUACCCUGACGACAUAGGAAGCUGCUGGUACAUCCUGUUGUCUGGCUCCGUUUUCAUCAAAGAAUCCAUGUUCCUGCCCAGAAGCAGUUUUGGGAAGCGAUCUGCAGGCAGCCUGCGACGCGGAUGUGAGUGCAUCGUCCUGGAACCAUCAGAGAUGAUUGUGGUGGACUAUAUGGAUGAAAAUGAGGAGUACUUUCAGCGACAAGCCUCGCACAGACAGUCCCGUCGGCGAUUUCGGAAGAUCAACCAGAAAGGGGAGAGACAGACAAUCAUCGACACUGUGGAUCCGUACCCCACGGGGAAGCCGCCCAUAGCCCGUGGGUACCACACGGAAUGCAAUAAACCCCAGCUCCCCGCAGACUUCAGCAGACUUCAUCUGGCCGACGGCUUACACCCACAGGUGACCCACGUCUCUUCAAGCCACUCAGGAUGUAGUAUCACCAGCGACUCUGGAAGCAGCAGCCUCUCAGACAUUUACCAGGCCACAGAAAACGAACCAGGUGACAUGGACCUGAGUGGCCUGCCAGAGACCGCCGUGGACUCUGAGGAGGAUGACGAUGAGGAGGACAUCGAACGAGCGUCUGACCCCCUUAUGAGCCGGGACAUUGUGCGGGACUGCCUGGAGAAGGACCCCAUGGACAGGACCGACGAUGACAUAGAGCAAUUACUGGAGUUCAUGCAUCAACUGCCAGCAUUUGCCAACAUGACCAUGUCAGUGAGGAGGGAACUCUGCGCUGUCAUGGUUUUCGCUGUGGUCGAACGCGCCGGCACCAUCGUUCUUAAUGAUGGAGAAGAGUUGGACUCUUGGUCGGUGAUCCUGAACGGUUCGGUGGAGGUGACGUACCCUGAUGGUCGGACGGAGAUCCUGUGUAUGGGAAACAGUUUUGGGGUGUCGCCAACCAUGGAGAAGGAAUACAUGAAAGGCGUCAUGAAGACCAAAGUGGACGACUGCCAGUUUGUGUGUAUAGCCCAGCAGGACUACUGCUGCAUCCUCAACCAGGUGGAGAAGAACAUGCAGAAGGUCGAGGAGGAAGGAGAGAUUGUUAUGGUGAAGGAACACCGUGAACUGGACCGCACCGGCACCAGGAAAGGGCACAUCGUCAUCAAGGGCACACCGGAGCGUCUCACCAUGCACCUAGUAGAGGAGCAUUCAGUGGUGGACCCCACUUACAUCGAGGACUUCCUGUUGACCUACAGGACCUUCCUCUCUAGCCCCAUGGUCGUGGGCAAGAAGCUCCUGGAGUGGUUCCACGACCCAAGUCUCAGGGACAAGGUUACACGGGUAGUCUUGCUGUGGGUAAACAAUCACUUCAAUGACUUUGAGGGUGACCCUGCCAUGACUCGCUUUCUAGAAGAGUUUGAAAACAAUCUGGAGAAAGAAAAAAUGUGUGGGCACCUAAGACUGUUAAACAUAGCGUGUGCUGCUAAAGCCAAGCCUCGGCUGGUGACGCUAACCAAGCCGUCCAGAGACUCUCCGCUGGCAUUCAGCCUUCUCGGGGGUCAGGAGAAAGGUUUCCGCAUCUUCAUCGAUUCUGUGGAGCCCGGGAGCAAAGCAGCAGAAGUUGGCCUUAAGCGUGGGGAUCAGAUCCUGGAGGUCAACGGACAGAAUUUUGAGAAUGUCCAGCUCAGCAAAGCCAACGAGAUUCUGAAGAACAACACUCACUUGUCCAUAACUGUGAAGACGAACCUUUUAGUGUUUAAAGAGCUGCUAACAAGACCAGAACACGACCACGAUUUGGAUUGCGAGGAGGAACAUGACAGAAAGAACGGGGCACCUCACCUUCCAAAGAUUGGGGACAUUAAGAAAGCCAGCCGCUACUCGAUCCCUGACCUGGCAGUGGAUGUGGAGCAGGUGAUGGGCCUUGAAAAGGUCAGCAAGAAAGCAAAGACCAACACAGUGGGAGGACGAAACAAGCUGAAGAAGAUCUUUGAUAAGACGCUCACCAGCAUCCUGCCUCCGAAACCAUACAAUGACGUUUGCGUGGGCCAAUCGCAGGACGACAGCAUAGUGGGGAUGAAGCAGUCCAAGCAGAUCCCACCAGCUCUGCCAGUCAGCGGAAACCUCUCGUCGUCGAACCCAGACCUUCUGCAGUCACACCACCGCAUCCUCGACUUCAACAACCAGCCUGUCCCAUGCAUACUGAAUAUGUCAGACCAGGUAUUACGAGUCUUCAAGGCGGACCAGCAGUCUCGGUACAUCAUGAUCGGGAAGGACACAACAGCUAAGGAAGUGGUGGCCCAGGCUAUCAGGGAGUUCGCCCUGACUGCUGCACCAGAGGCUUAUUCACUAUGUGAGGUAUCUGUCACACCUGAGGGAGUUAUCAAGCAGAGGCGAUUACCGGAUCAACUUUCUAAACUAGCCGACAGGAUUCAGCUGAGCGGCAGAUACUACCUAAAGAGCAACAUGGAGACAGAGACGUUAUGUUCCGAUGAAGAUGCCCAAGACCUCCUUCGAGAAGGACAGAUCUCUUUGCUACAGCUCAGCACCGUGGAGGUGGCCACGCAGCUCUCCAUGCGGGCCUUUGAACUUUUCUGCGCCAUCGAGCCCACCGAAUACAUCGAUGACCUUUUCAAGCUGCGCUCAAAGACCGGCUCUGCCAGCCUCAAGCGCUUCGAGGAGGCAAUUAACCACGAGACCUUCUGGGUGGCAACGGAGGUGACACGGGAACCGAACCAGCUCAAACGCAUGAAGAUCAUCAAGCACUUCAUCAAGAUAGCCCUGCACUGUCGCGAGUGCAAGAACUUCAGUUCCAUGUUUGCCAUCAUCAGCGGUCUUAACCUGGCUCCAGUCUCCAGACUAAGGGGGACGUGGGAGAAGUUGCCGAGCAAGUAUGAGAAGCUGUUCGGGGAUCUGCAGGACCUCUUUGACCCUUCCAGAAAUAUGGCCAAGUACAGGAAUGUCCUCAACAAUCAGAACCUCCAGCCACCAAUCAUCCCCUUGUUCCCUGUCAUCAAGAAGGACCUCACCUUUCUACAUGAAGGCAAUGACUCUAAAGUGGACGGCCUGGUGAACUUUGAGAAGCUGAGGAUGAUUGCCAAAGAAAUUCGCCAUGUCGGUCGCAUGGCUUCCGUCAACAUGGACCCAGCCCUCAUGUUCCGAACAAGGAAGAAGAAAUGGAGAAGUUUAGGGUCUCUAAGUCAGGGUAGCGCCAAUGCGGCCGUGCUCGACGUCACACAGACGGGUGGGCACAAGAAGCGGGUGCGACGCAGCUCCUUCCUAAACGCCAAAAAGCUUUACGAGGACGCCCAGAUGGCCAGGAAGGUCAAACAGUACCUGUCCAACCUCAGCCUGGAAACGAACGAGGAGAGUCUUCAGACGCUCUCGCUACAGUGUGAACCCUCCAUCAGUACGCUGCCCAAGAAUGCAGGCGGGAAACGACCAGACACUUCUCCAGUUGUGCCCAGAGCUGCGAGUCAACAGAGGGGCCAGCUGGCCAAAGGAAACCAGGGCCUGCAGGUCCCUGCUGUGGCCCUUUACCCAUCCCGAAAGAAAGUGCCAGUCAAGGAUCUGCCACCAUUUGGCACCAGUUCCCCUCAGUCUCUGAAGAAGAUCCUGUCUCUUUCAGAGGAAGGGAGCGAAAGACACCGGAGGCAGCCAGAGGACGCCAUGUCCAACGCCUCCUCCCAGCUCUCCUCCCCUCCCACCUCCCCCCAGAGCUCGCCCAAGAAGGGUUACAACAGGAUGGGAGACACCUACUCAGACUCUGGUCACAGUGAGAUCUCCUCUCGCUCCAGUCUUGUUAGUAACUCCUCUUUCGACAUGGCCCAGGAGGCGAGGAGACUCCGUCACUCCGGAGUAGUCGGGGAUUCUCACAUCGGGGGAUCGAGGCUGGAACGAAGAGCCACGACUGACCCCGAUCAGUACAGUCUAGGGUCAUAUUCAUCGAUGCAGGACUGUCGGGGCAUUUACGCUGGCUGUCCUACAGUACUCUCCUCACCCAGUUCUGAGGAACUGACUCAGGAUCAGGGCGACCGUGUUUCCCUCGAUGCUGCAGACAGUGGCCGCGGCUCCUGGACCUCCUGCUCCUCUGGUUCCCACGACAAUAUCCAGACCAUGCAGCAAGGACGUAGCUGGGAAACUCUGGCCUUUGGUGGUGGUGGAAGUGGAGGAGGCAUUGGAGGGCUCCCUCCAGGGGGACCAGAUACCUUAUUAGGGGGACCUGCUGCACUGUGGGCAGCACAGGCCAGGGGCAGCUGGGCAUCUGCUAGCUCCUCCUCAUCCUCAGCAGCGUACUGGGGGGAAGACUCUGAGGGGGACACGGGCACCAUAAAGAGGAGAGGAGGAAAGGACGUCAGCGCUGACCCAGAAACAAGUAGCAUCACAUCCACCGGGUCAGAGGAGGCGAAGCAGCUCGGCCGACCAUCUCCAUCACCCAUCACUGUCGGGAGUAAAGGAGUCAUUUCUCGAAAAGAGGGCCGUUACCGUGAGCCUCCCCCAACUCCCCCCGGCUACACUGCCCUGACCAUCUCCGACCUCGCUGAGGGACAGCACCCAGCCCAGUCUGUUCCCACGUCCACAGUGACCCACUCAGGCCGGCGGCCACCGGACUACACCACGGCUUUGCAGCGCUCACGCAUGGUCACCCAGUCGCCCGACUCCCACCAGGCCCACCAGGGGGCCAAGCACCGGGCAGGCGGCCUCCACCGCACUCGCUCACCGGCCGAGGAGCAAGAGCCUGAGGAGGAAGAGGAGGAGGAUGAACAGGUGUCAGCGGUCUGAGGGACCUCAGUGGACAUCUUUUUUUGCAGUAACUUGAAGUGCCCCUUGUUCGGGGUGGGCAGGAUUAAAGAGACAGACAAACAGACUCAUCAGUGACGUAACGUGCCUGCCUCCUCCACUUGGCUCUCCCUCCUUAUCGGUGGAUUCCUCUGCUCAUCUCCCUCCUCUGCCUUAAAGCAUCAUGGGGGGUUGAAUGACCCUGCAUGCAAAAAAUACUGUGAAGAAGAGAUGGAGAGAAGGUCAAAGUUUGCUUUCUUUGAUUGCACUCUGGGGGACCGAAAAGAGAAACCAAGUCAGCCCAUCGUUUCUCUGCCUGGACUGAAAUGACCCAUCUGUUGCUGAGCGAUUGAACUCUGAAUCCAGUAUUAUCUCAUGUUCACGUGUAAAAGCUAAUCACUUGUUGGUUUAAAUCAAAGAGCUAGGAGGAGGACUCAGGCGGGAGAACCAACGCACACACACACACACACACACACACACACACACAAACCUUUUACAUACCCAAGCAUACACAAAAUCACAGUUUAAUUCAAAAGCUAGCACUUUCAGCACAAUCCCAGAUGUUACCAGAUGCUUGGCCCCCCCCCCGGAUACCAGGGUAUGAGUGAACCAUAUCAGCGGCGCGUGUCUGGUUAUAUCUCAGUCUUUGUAUCAUUGUGUUGCUUUGUGUUACACCGAGAGUUUUGAUGGUGAUAUGUAAAAGCACAGAGGCGAUCCGCUGAGAAUCACGCGAGACCCCCCUCGGUGUCGCUCUCUACGGUGCAUUUAGAGGCACACGAGCUAAAGCGAGAAACGUAUGAAUCAUAGUACAAACUGUGAGCGGCAAUCGAGCACUAAUAUUAGAAAUGUUGCCUUUCAUUCCUUUAUUUUUAUUGAUGAAAGGAUCUCAGACCAGCAGCAGGGGUGAACAUCAGCAUGAUUUUAAAAGCUGCCAGUGUGUAUCAGUGUCUAUCCAGCUUUGCAACAUGAUCUUGUACAGAGUUUUAAAAUACACCCAUUUUCCCUUCAAAAUAAAAGUAUCCACUAAUCCAGAUUUGUCUUCUUUCCGCCACGUCUCAUGAAUGUCCAAGCGCCUUACGAUGCCGUGAUUGCAUACCUUUCUUUAGGCGGUCGUCCCCAAUGUGAAUCACCUUGUUUCAAGAGCCAGUCUUGAAUCAAGCAAUAGUGGAAUGAAAUGCCUUAUUGAAGAUACUUCCCCUGACUCUUUUUUUUUUUUUUAAUUUAUUUUUUUUAAUAUAUUAAGACUCAGUAGAAGAGGAAGUCAGGCAUUUUCUUUCUGUUUUGUUUGUGGUUUCAGGUGGCUUCACCGGACUGUGUUACAGUGUAGUAGAUCUUUUUGUCUCGGCACAGAGCAACCCCGCGCCCCUACCCUCCCCCCGUCGUCGCGCUACCGCGUUCAUCCUCAGAAACUCUCCUCGUCUGUUACAGACAUGAGCUCAGCGGAUGCUGUGUGUAUAUCGCUAAUGCCUGCGUCCAGUUUUACAUCAUAUCUCACCAUCAGUGGAAGUGACUGAAGGUUUUUUUUUUUUGACUCCGGUGAGGUGGAAGACAAAUGAAGUACACUUUUUUUUUUAAAUUCAAGGCUGCCAAUUUGAACGAUUAAAAAUCCACUUGUGAAACGUGACCUUUUUUGUUUUCUUCAGUCGCACUGAUCACAUUGAUCAGUCUUGGAAACUACAGACAGGAAAAAAAAAAGCUGAAUGAGUGCAGUGUUUUCCGCUGUGUCCUGUGACUUCACGCUGAUUUUUUUUCUUGGGUUUCUUUUGUGUUUUGUUUUUUUUUUGUUUUUGGUAUUUGCUACAGAUGGAUUGUUAAUAAUUUGUUUGUAAUACAGUGGUUACAUGCAUCAUUCACUUUCAUGACGAUUAUGUGCAUAUUAGCGGGCCGAUUCCUAGUUCGAAAAACAAAAAGUUGCACAAAAAUGUACAAGCGUAAAGAUAAGUGUAGUAGGUAGAACUGCUACUCCGUUUGAUGUGUGAUGUCAGUGAGAAAUGUACAUUUAGCUGGUGAUGACCUUCUUUUCUUCAUUCUUUCUUGUACUGCUUUAACCUGUAUGUCUUUUAAAAAGACAAUUGGUGGAGUAUGUAUCGGUUGUUUUUGUAUUUUUAAUACAAUAAUUGUAAAUAUUGGUUAUAUUUUUGUUCAAAUGUACUAUGUUUAUGCCUCAACAUCCAGUUUAUAUGAAGCUGGGAAUCAAUAAAACUGCAUAAAGAAUCAA